AUGGCGUCGUCGGAAUCAGUCGCAAUAGUUGAUCCUGAAAGCUUCAUCCCCUUGACCCGAGAUCAAGUUGAAGAAAGCAAGAAGACUUCUAAUACAAGGAAGCUAAUUGAAGCUAAUGUUGGGAUUGGGAUACAGAUUGGAGUUGGUGGUGGAGGCCAGUCUGGGUCUGGUUGUCCUCCUUCGCCGCCGCCUCCAUUUCCUCCAUCACCGGGAACUUGCAAGGCUCCUAGCAAGGCAUGUCAGGUAAAUUCGGAUUGCUGUAAGGUCAGGAAGCACAAUAGCGACGGUUACGCGGAUGCGUCGUGUAACUAUAACAAGUGUUGCGUCGGUUCUGGGGGAGAAUGCAAGACGGAUGCUGAUUGCUGUCACAGAGAUGACGUGAAAAUGAAGUGUCAUAAAGAUCAAGGAUCAUCUUUCAAAUAUUGCGCUGAAUAUUGUCCUGAAUCCAAAUGA